AUAACUUGAUAAAAUUCAAAAGUCAAAUUGAACGAAAAAAGACAAAAAUGUGGGUAACGACUGGAUUUUUGUGGAUGCUGCUGAUGGCCGCAAUUACCGCCAAAAUGGCGGCUGCUGCAGAGGGUGCAGAGCCCAACUCGUUGGAGGAUGUCCGGCGUCGCUUGGGCCAGCUGGUCGAUCGCGCGGACGAGGACAGCGAUGGGCUGCUGACGAUGUCGGAGCUGAAGGAAUGGAUUGGCCGGACAUCGCGACGCUACAUAGAGAAUGAUGUGUCGCGCCUCUGGAAGCGUCUGAAUCCGGAAAACAAUGACACCAUCCACUGGGACGUGUACCAAGAAACCAUCUACGGCCAUGCCGCGUUAAAUGAUGUUCAGUACUACCACAAGGGCCUAAUAAAUCGCGAUCGACGCCGCUGGAAAGCGGCCGAUACUGGUCACGACGAUAGCCUAAACCGUGAUGAAUUCACUGCCUUCCUGCACUCCGAGGACCACCCCGCCAUGCGCGAAGUUGUGCUCCAGGAGAUGUUUGAUGACCUGGACCUGGACCGCGAUGGCAAGAUCUCGUUGCAGGAGUAUCUGUUCGACAUGUACCAGCCGCGGUCACCGGACAUGGAGCCGCCAGAGUGGGUGGCCAUCGAGCGCGAUGUGUUCCUCAAGUUUAUCGAUCAGGACGGCGACGGGUUGCUGAAUGAGGCGGAAGUGCGCCAGUGGAUUGCACCCCAUGGCCUGGGCCUCACGGAUAGCGAGGCGCAGCAUCUGUUGCUUGAGGCCGAUGUCAAUGGGGACGCAAAGCUGACCAAGAAGGAAGUGCUGAAGAAGGUCAAUGCCUUUCUGAACUCCCCGGCCACCGAGUAUGGCCAAGCCCUGUUCCGCCAUGACGAGCUGUAGCCCAACCCAAAUGAUAUUAAUUGUACAAUUGAUCAUAGUAAAUGAUCGUGUAAA